UGUAUGCGCUUCAGCCAAUCAGGAUGGAUGUGUCUCUGCACGCUGCUCGCUCCCGACAGGAUCCCAAGGCCGCUGCUGAUCAAACGUGGUGCGCGCUCUUGGCUGAGCGGCGGCUCGGUUCUCUCCAACAGCGGCGGACACAAGCGGCGUUUUGAAGUUCAUUUCAAUGGAGCGCGACGACGACGCUGCUGCCUUCCAUGAGUCCUGCGUGUAGACGCCUGCGGUAGCGCGCGUGCGCCACGACCGAAGGUGUAACUGUAAGUAAAAGCGAGACGCGAGACAGCAGGGAAAUAAAUUUCCUCCGGAGCAGGUGGACCAAGCAGGCUGUAGGGAGUAGAGGAUCUGUCAGUAGGACCAAACAGAAUAUUGGGACAAGACUGCGACGGUGAUUUUGAGCCUUCAGAGACGGGAAUCUGUUGUUGCUGUGUACUUCAGGCUCUUAUCUUCCGGCUCACGUCUUCAGGCUGCAUUUUUUCCAAGGUCAGCUGAUCCAGCAGAAGUCCAGUCCCGACAGCUGAAUCGAACUGAAGUGUGUGGAGCCGGGGAGCGGCAGGCUCGGGCUCAGCAGAAGCUCUUCACUAUGGAUGUGGAUGAGGAGGAGAACAUGAGUUCCUGCAGCACCGACGUCAAGGAAAACCGCAACCUGGACAACGUCUCCUCCAAGGAGGGGGCAAGCGUGCCUGAGCAGCUCCCCAACGGAGGCGGAGGAGGCGGGCGCAAGCGCCCCCUGGAGGAGGGCAAUAAUGGUCAUGCACACCCCAAGUUCAGGCCCAAGAAACGCAAGAAAACUCCAGGGCCGGUUCUUCCCAAGAAUGCUCUUAUGCAGCUGAACGAGAUCAAGCCAGGCCUGCAGUACAAGCUGCUCUCUCAGACUGGGCCAGUCCAUGCGCCAGUCUUUGUCAUGACUGUAGAGGUGAACGGACAGCUUUUUGAAGGUUCUGGCCCUACUAAGAAAAAGGCAAAGUUGAACGCAGCUGAGAAAGCACUGCGCUCUUUCGUACAGUUCCCUAACGCUUCAGAGGCACAUCUGGCUAUGGGCCGAACUCUCACUGUCAACACGGACUUCACCUCAGACCAGGCCGACUUCCCCGACAUGCUCUUCAACGGUUUUGAGACUCCUGCCCCACCAGAGGACUCCUUUUACUUGAGUUCCAACUCCAACGGUUCCCUAAACCCACUGGGAGAAUACCCAGUACCACCGGUGACUGGUACAAACAGCCUGGCUCAGGCCCCGCUGCCUCCCCCAUCCACCUUCAACACAUCGUCCAGCGGAAAGAACCCCGUCAUGAUUCUGAAUGAACUCCGGCCGGGCCUCAAAUACGAGUUUGUGUCGGAGAGUGGCGAGAGCCACGCUAAAAACUUUGUCAUGUCCGUGACCGUGGACUCACAGACCUUCGAGGGAUCAGGGAGGAAUAAGAAACUGGCGAAGGCACGUGCAGCUCAGGCUGCGCUUUCUGCUCUCUUCAACAUGCAGCUGGACCAGACACCAUCUCGCCAACCAAUCCCCAGAGAAGGCCUACAGCUCCAUCUGCCUCAGGUUUUAGCAGAUGCUGUCUCGCGUCUCGUGGUGGACAAGUUCAGCGAGCUCACCGACAACUUCACGUCUCCACAUGCACGGAGGAAAGUGCUGGCUGGUGUUGUCAUGACAACAGGCACCGAUGUGAAGGAGGCUCAGGUGAUCUGCGUCUCCACUGGAACCAAGUGCAUAAACGGCGAGUACAUGAGCGACCGUGGCCUGGCACUUAACGACUGCCACGCUGAAAUCAUCGCCCGCCGCUCCCUUCUCCGCUACCUAUACAUGCAGCUGGAGUACUUCCUCAGUAACAGCAAAGAGGAGUACGAAAAGUCCAUUUUCACCCGGUGUGAGAAACACGGCUACAGGCUGAAGGACAACGUUCAGUUUCACCUGUACAUCAGCACGUCGCCGUGUGGAGACGCUCGCAUCUUCUCACCACACGAGGCAGGCGUCGAAGAUCAGGGAGACAGACACCCGAACAGGAAAGCUCGGGGUCAGCUGAGAACUAAGAUCGAGUCGGGGGAAGGCACCAUCCCCGUACGCUCCAGCAACACCAUCCAGACAUGGGACGGCGUUCUGCAGGGAGAGAGACUCCUCACCAUGUCAUGCAGUGACAAGAUCGCCAGGUGGAACGUGGUGGGGAUCCAGGGCUCACUGAUGAGCUACUUCACUGAGCCCAUCUACUUCUCGAGCAUCAUCCUGGGCAGCCUGUAUCACGCUGAUCAUCUCUCUCGGGCCAUGUACCAGCGCAUCGCUGACAUCGAACACCUGCCCCAGCAAUUCACCCUCAACCGGCCCCUGCUCAGCGGUAUCAGUAACGCAGAAGCACGGCAGCCAGGAAAAGCUCCUAACUUCAGCGUGAACUGGGCGGUGGGUGACCAAGGUUUAGAGGUCAUUAACGCCACCACGGGUAAGGACGACAUGGGCCGGCCUUCUCGCCUCUGCAAGCAUGCUCUCUACAGCCGCUGGGUUCGACUGCACUCAAAGUUCUCGUCCACCUUGCGGAUCAAAGUGGCCAAGCCGAGCUCAUACCACGAAGCCAAGCAGGCGGCAGUGGAGUAUCACGCCGCAAAGCAGACGCUCAUCAAGGCCUUCCAGAAAGCAGGAUUGGGGGCCUGGGUGAAAAAGCCUAUAGAACAGGACCAGUUCUCUCUGAGUUCGUGAAGGGGAUGCAAGAGGGACAGUGCAGAGAUCUGAAUGACAUGACUACAACCAGCUGUUGAUAUGUCACUUUGUGUGUGUGUGUGUGUGUGCAGGUGCGUGCGUGCAUGUGUGUGUGUAUGUAUGUAUGUGUGUGUGUUUGACUCUGUUGAUUUCCAGCCAAUCCACAGCCCUUUAGACUCACUCACUCUGCCCUUACACACCUGAUAUUCGUUUGUCUGUUGUUUAUAACAAACGCCUGUGUUUGGGGUCGGAAAAUCACUCCAGAGCUCUGAAUUGGAUACAGUGUUCUAUUUUACAACUGGAAAAAAAAAAAAAAAAAACAUUGUUUGUCACUUUAUUCCUGUUAAAUGGGUUUUGAUCGCUUCCAACCCAUCGUGCUCAUGUUUGGUGGCCUCGGAACGUACAUGCAGGUUUAUGCUAAUUAUGACACUGAAAUGCAUCCCUCUGUUUUUAACCAUCAGCCUUCUCUUUUAUUCUGUUUCUAAAUCUAACUUCGAAAUCAAGACUGUACUUUUUACUGUUGGAAAUUUCUUUUUGUUUCUCUCCUUGUACGAUGUAAUUCGAAUUUAAUUAGAAUUUAGAACAGCAGUUUUUUUAUUUUUAUUAUUAUUAAUUUUUUUUACAAAUCAGACACGGAGUCUUCUCCCCUUUAAAACAGACCCAAACUUUUUUUUAACGUUCUAGAAUCGAGCCUUUAAUUAACCAUGUAAUCAAAAUGCAACCAAAGUACAUUGUUCUCGUUUAACUUUGUCUCAGUGACAUCUCUAUUGCAUGUGUGUACCGUGUGCAGUGGCGCACAUCACUCUGAACAAGUGCCCGAUUUUUUUGUUUUUUGUUUGUUUUUUUUCCCGGGCAAAAUAUAAGAGACUUGAUGAAGAAGCUGCCUUCUUUUGACCAUUUUAGAAGUUUAGGAGUUUAGGUACUUUUACAGAAUGAUGUCUCGUCUUUUUUUAAAUUGCAUGGGCGUGUAUGAAGCUAGGUUUUGUAGCUGUUGCUAUGUCAGUCUGUUCAUUUGCAUUGAUCAUUGUAGAAACAGAUGGUAGAAUAUAUAAUACCACGCCGCCCACCGAAUUUUAGGGAACGGCAGCGUUUCUCGGUUGUGCACGUUUAUUGUCUAAAGCGGUCUCUCUCUGCAUGGAAAGAGUGGACGGUUUUCAGGGGUUACUUACAAACAGCCCGGUUUAAUUAGGGCUUCUUUCUUUGUUUGUUUAUUAAAUAUGUCCGUGUUUUUUUUUGUUUGUUUGUUUGUUUGUUUUUCUUUUCAAAUUUUUGUCACAAAUUGUCCAUAUUGCUGAAUUCUGCUGUAUCCCUGCUACUGAGGUCUGCCUUCUUUCUGCAAGAUUCUUUUCCUGCUGUUUUUUAAGCUUGUGCACUCUUUCAUUAUUGACCAACAAACAGCAGCAUGUUUGACUGAUCCUGAAGUCAUAUAAACAGGAGCAUGAUUACUAUAAUAAUCCUCAGCUUUUAUUUUCAACAGUCGGCUUUUGUUCCUUAGUUUAAAAAGGAAGCUUCGCUGAACUUGAAUCACAGACUUCGAUUUUCACCUUAUUUUCAAGGCAACAGCUCCGUUUGGUGAAAGCGAAAGGGAAGGCCACGGUUUUAUGUUGAAAUAAAUGAAACCGUGAAUAUAUUUCACGUUAAAUUGCUGUUUUUCACUUUGGAAUGCAGCGCAGUCACAUGACCUCUGCAGCCCAAACACCACUGGACUUAGCUGAUUCUCUCUCACAACUGUACAGAGAGACGGUGUUACAUUUAAGUGUGUGUGUGUGUGUGUGUGUGUGUGUGUGUGUGUGUGUGUGUGUGUGUGUGUACCUGCUGCUGAGCCCAACCGGCACUCUGUCGAGAUGUCAUAGCAACAGGACUUGGAGAUUGUUGAAUCUUCACCAAAGAUGAUGUCUUUUACGUUUGGUUGUUUUACGGUGAGAAAAAUAAAAGUGUAACUUUAUUUUUUAAAAACAGUUAUUAAUGCAAAGUUCGGUGGACAUCUUAUAACUGGUCAUCAAGGUUUUGUAUAUUCAUUUACUAAUAUAUUUUUAGUUUGUUUCACUGACAAUCUCUGUGUUUUGCAUUGAUAUGAGAGCAGCUCCUUUCUCUGAGUUUCGGUUCCUGUUAGUUUACAACUGUAAAUAUUGUGAACCUCUGUCAUUGCCAUGGACAUUCAUAUAUACUGCAUAUGUUUCUGGUAGUUCUGAUCGACUGUUUCUUCAUCACACCUUUACACACAUCUGCAGAAACUUGUAUGGAAGUGGUAGCUUCUGUACCACUUGUUUUCUUUUAAUUAAAGUCAUUGUAUUGUU